AUCAAACACACGAGCGAGGACAAAGCCAAUGUCAAACGAAAGAGAAAUAGACACAAUUUACCAAAGGACCUCUGCUACUAUCUACUACACACAGAGCCAUCUCACAAUGUAACAAAAACGUCAACGUAAUAGACAUCAACUCGUAUGCCGUGUGUGGCAUCAUUAUUUUCUUUUAAAUUAUUAUUUUAAUGGUAGAGUGAAACGUUUAGAAAACGAUUUUACGACACAAGCCAAACGUUUAUUCAUUCCUGUGUUUUUCAGUGUACGAAACAAGUUAUAGCCGAUCGAGUAAAGGAACUUGUGCGCCAAAGAAAUGAGUGGUUUUUCAAGUAUUUUGCAAAGUUUGCACACCAUUUUCGGUAAAGGUGUCCUUGGCACUUCGGAUAACAGCAGCCCUGCAAAACAGGAAUGGCUAGAGAGAAAGGCGGCCGUCAUGAGACCAGGAAAAAGGAGCUACAUAAUCAAAAGUCUUUGGCACGUCGAGUGUUCCCGAUGCGAUCACUAUCUUUAUCAAACCGAAGAGGAAGUGGAACAAGAACAAAGGAGAUUGUGCGUCGAGAAUUACAGAACGGCCUUUCGGGCCGUCAAGGAUUGCUUUGACGGAGUAGACGGCAAGUCCGGCAGGCCUUGGAAGAUCAAAUACCCUGCCCUGUCAUCGCAUGACAAUGUUAAAGUCAUCAAAACACUCCAGAAGAAAUGGGUCAAAAUGUUUCCGUCUCAGGACGUGGAGCCAGUCAGCGAAGACAUGAAAUUUCUCUUGUUCGCCGAUCCGUACUUCCAACGGGCUUGCCAUCAAUUGACAAACGAUAGUUUCCUGCUGGAAAACUACCAGAGAGUCAUCCAUUCACUUGCCAAAAUUGCGUCCGCCAUGGAGAAACCAAAGAUUGCCGAGCUGAUACUUUUGUAUGCGAAUGAUGAAAGAGAAUUCGCAUUGGAAAGUAACGAGCCGUACAGCAUUACGUGCUGGGACGAACCGGCUUACGCCUUCCUAGGUGGCCCGCUAACAGAGCGACAGUUGAAAUGGAUGAAGUUUGCCAUCAAUGUCGCUCACGUUCCAGAAAAAGAAUCUGACCGUAUAAGAUACGAACACGAUGACGAACAGAUGCCCGAUUCCUCGGAGAAUGUGGAAGAAAUUGCGCCGUCUUAAACCAAACUGACGUCAUUAUACUCUUUCCGCAUAUGAUUGUUAAGAGUUAAUGUGGAUUAUGUAAUAGAAACACAG